AUGGUGCACCGGUGGUGCGAGACGUGCGGGAAACGGGUCGCGGCGGAGACGAACGAGGCGAACGGGUUCACGUGCUGCACGACGUGCGGGAAGAUUUUAGACGAGCGCGCGGCGUUCAGCGCGGACGCGACGUUCGUGAAGAACGCGCAGGGAGCGUCCGUGCCGGAUGGACACUACGUGCCGGAGAGCGGGGUGGCGCACGGGGUGAUACGGGCGACGCGAGGCGGAAGACUGUACGGCGUGCAGUUGGACUCGCACGAGCGCACGCUGUAUCGAGGGAAGCUGGAGAUUAAACAGUUGGCGGAUCGGUUGGGGAUACGACCGAGGGAGGACGUCGUGGACGCGGCGCAUCGGCUGUAUAAGCUCGCGGUGCAGAGAAAUUUUACGCGAGGGCGAAGGAUUUCGCAAGUGGCGGGGGCGUGCAUGUACAUCAUCUGUCGACAGGAAUCGAGACCGUACAUGUUGAUUGAUUUCGCGGAUAUUUUACAGACGAACGUGUACGUUUUGGGGGGCGUGUUCUUACAGUUGUGUCGGUUGUUGCGACUGGAGCAGCAUCCGCUCAUGCAAAAGCCGAUCGAUCCGAGUCUGUUCAUUCAUCGAUUCGCGGACAAGUUGAACUUGGGACGACGGAUGCACACCGUGGCGAACACGGCGCUGCGGCUCGUGGCGUCCAUGAAGCGGGAUUGGAUGCAGACUGGUCGUCGUCCGAAUGGAAUUUGUGGUGCCGCGUUGUGGGUCGCCGCUCAAAUUCAUGGAUUCAGUCCGAGCAAGCGCGAUGUCGUGGCUGUGGUGCACGUCGGCGAAUCGACGCUGAAGAAGCGUCUGAGCGAAUUCGAAAACACGCCGAGCGCGGCGCUGUCGAUCGAGGAGUUUGACACGCAAGCUCGCACGUUUGAGGCUGAAGAAGAAGCGAAUAAAAACACAAAAUCGCUAGCGUCGAGCCCAAUGUCGGUGCUGAGCUGUGUGCACAAAGACAACGAAAACAUUCCGCACUUUGCGCACGGAAUGUGUCGCGCGUGUUACGUGGAUUACGUUAGAAUUUCGGGGGGUUCGGUGGGAGGCGCCGAUCCGCCCGCGUUCAUGCGCGCAGAAGCGAAGCGGAAAAUCGAUGCAAAACAAAAGCUUUUGUUGCCCGCGCUGUCGUCGGGCGAAUUGGGAGACGAAGACGCCGACGGUCUCGUCGCCAAGGAGGAUAACGAAGUCAUCGAUACGCUCUCGGACGUUGACGACGAUGAAAUCGAUUCGUACAUUCACAACGAAAACGAAGUCAACCUUCGUCGUUUGGUUUGGUCUGAGAUGAACAAGGAGUACUUGGAAUUCCAAGCCUUGAAAGAGCAAGCCGCCAGCCGCACGAGCGCGCCGACGAAAAAGAAGCAUAGAAAAGCCCCCGACACGCUGCCCGCGGAGACUCCCGCGGAAGCUGCGCGUCAAGUCUUAGCUAAAAAGAAGGGCAGCUCGAAAAUCAACUACGAAGCGUUGGAAAAUCUCUUCAAAGUUUCUGAUGGUUCGCAGCCGCCUCCGAACUCAAAAGCGACGUCUGACGUCGAAAAUGACGCUUCUCCGACAAAGUCUCCUCGCACGAGACGCGCGCGUCCCGCAGGCUUACCCUCGAGCGCUCCGAUGUCGACGAAAUCAACCGCCAAGCGUCGCGGCUCGAGCGUCUCGACGCACGCGCCGUCGUCCGCGCGUCCGAGCGGUCUCGCGAAGAAGCCAUCGGCGAAGAAAAAGUGA